AUGGAGAAGUUGUGCAUCAAAGAGAAGCAGCUCCAGCCCAAUCGUACUGUCUUCCAUGGCAUUGUGCCCGGCCUUUCCUGCUCACCAAUCGGCAAGAUUAAGAUAGAUGUGCUCUUCGGAGACAAAGUUCACUUCCGCCGUGAGGCGAUUUGGUUUGAGGUGGUCGAUCUGGAGAGCCCCUAUCAUGUGCUCCUAGGCCGGUCAGCUCUAGCCAAGCUCAUGGCGGUGCCCCAUUAUGCCUACCUCAAGAUGAAUAUGCCGGGAACCAAGGGCAUUAUCACGAUAGCCGGGGACUACGAGAAGUCGGCCGCCUGUGCCGCGGCCAGCAGCAGGCUGGCCGAGUCCCUUGUGCAAAAGGCCCUCGGCCAGCAUUCAACAGAGUUUGAAUACACCCCCAACGGGUGGAACUACGCAAAUUUAACAAGUUUGUUCGAGCAACUACAAAAGCAGGAAAAGUUAAAACUGGCCGCCUAG